CCGCCGGCUGUUGAUCUGUGAGCACGUUUCUGUAGCGGGCUCCUUAAAAGAACAGAAAAUGGAGGGGCCACUGGCAGUUUUCGGGGAGCGAAGCACCGGGGAGGUUGUGAGGAGUCAGAAUGUUAUGGCUGCAGCUUCCAUCGCCAAUAUUGUCAAAAGUUCACUUGGUCCAGUUGGACUCGAUAAAAUGCUGGUGGAUGAUAUUGGUGAUGUGACCAUUACAAAUGAUGGUGCAACUAUUCUGAAGCUGUUGGAAGUGGAGCACCCUGCAGCCAAAGUACUUUGCGAGCUAGCAGAUCUCCAAGACAAUGAAGUUGGAGAUGGUACAACAUCCGUUGUUAUCAUUGCUGCAGAGCUGCUGAAAAAUGCAGAUGAGCUUGUGAAACAAAAAAUCCACCCUACAUCUGUUAUAGGAGGUUACCGUCUGGCAUGCAAGGAAGCAGUCAGAUACAUCAACGAAAACCUUACUAUAAAUACAGAUGAACUUGGAAAAGAAUGUCUACUAAAUGCUGCAAAAACAUCAAUGUCUUCAAAAAUUAUUGGCAUUGACGGUGAUUUUUUUUCUGCCAUGGUUGUUGAUGCCGCUCUUGCUGUAAAAUAUGUAGAUCCUAAGGGCCAAGCCCGGUAUCCUAUAAACUCUGUUAAUGUCCUUAAGGCCCAUGGACGAAGCCAAAUGGAAAGCAUAUUGGUCAAUGGAUAUGCACUUAACUGUAUUGUGGGCAGCCAAAGUAUGAAUAAAAGGAUUGUCAAUGCGAAAAUUGCCUGUCUUGACUUCAGUUUGCAGAAAACUAAAAUGAAACUUGGUGUCCAGGUGAUUAUUUCAGACCCAACAAAAUUGGACCAAAUCAGGCAAAGAGAGUCAGAUAUCACUAAAGAGAGGAUCCAAAAGAUCUUGGCAACUGGAGCCAAUGUCAUACUGACCACUGGUGGAAUUGAUGAUAUGUGUCUGAAAUAUUUUGUGGAUGCUGGAGCAAUGGCUGUGCGUAGAGUUCUGAAGAAAGACUUAAAGCGCAUUGCUAAAGCAACUGGAGCAACUAUGUGUUCAACCCUUGCAAACCUGGAAGGAGAAGAAAGCUUUGAAGCUUCCAUGUUGGGGCAGGCAGAAGAAGUUGUUCAAGAGCGUAUAUGCGAUGAUGAGCUGAUUCUUGUCAAAAACACUAAGGCAAGGACAUGUGCUUCAAUCAUCCUGCGUGGAGCAAAUGACUUCAUGUGUGAUGAAAUGGAACGUUCUGUACAUGAUGCUUUAUGUGUUGUAAAGAGAGUUCUGGAAUCCAAGUCUGUCGUACCCGGAGGUGGUGCUGUGGAAGCUGCACUUUCCAUUUACCUGGAAAAUUAUGCAACUAGCAUGGGCUCUCGGGAACAGCUGGCCAUUGCAGAGUUUGCUAGAGCACUUCUCGUAAUUCCAAAAACCCUAGCGGUGAAUGCUGCCCAGGACUCCACUGACCUUGUUGCAAAGCUUCGGGCUUUCCACAAUGAAGCUCAGGUCAACCCAGAGCGCAAGAAUCUGAAAUGGAUUGGACUUGAUCUGCUUAAUGGAAAACCACGUGAUAACAAGCAGGCUGGGGUCUUCGAGCCGACUUUAGUGAAGACAAAGAGUCUGAAGUUUGCUACAGAAGCCGCCAUUACUAUUCUGAGGAUUGAUGACGUAAUUAAACUGCACCCCGAGGCCAAAGAAGAGAAGGGAAAGUACCAUGAAGCUGUGCAGUCUGGGUCGAUUGAAAAUUAACUGGUCUUCCUGCAUUUCUUUUCAUUACUGUUAUUUAUAACACAUCUGUUUUCAUUGUCUAUCUUGCACUUGUUGGGUCUUGCACCCAACCCCACUCCUAUAGAAAUAAAAGCAAAAUGACAACCUA